AUGGCGGCACCGACAGAGGCGCUGGUGCAGUACGUGGUGCUCCGCGGGGACUUGGCGCGGCCUCCCCUCUCGUGGCCGCUCGGUGCCGUGGUGGCUCAGGGCUGUCACGCCGCGCUGGCCGCCGUUCACGCUUACCGGGAGCAUCCCGACACCUCCGCGUACCUGGAGCAGGGCGACGCCAUGAGGACCGUGGUGCUGGAGGCUCCCGACGAGCGCUCGCUGCUGUCGCUGUCGGAGCGGCUGCAGCGGGAGGAGCUGGAUCACCGCCUGUGGUGGGAACGUCCCGACGGAAUUCCCACGGCGCUGGCGCUGCGCCCCUAUCCCAAAAACCGCCUCCGGCCCAUCCUCCGGAACCUCGGCCUGCUCCGGUGAGCUCGGGAAUGUCCCGGGAAUGUCCCGGGAGUGUCCCGGCAGUGUCCCGGGACACGGGAAUGUCUUGGGAAUUUCAUGGGAAUGUCACGGGAAUUUCAACCUGCUCCAUUGAACUUGGGAAUGUCGUGGGAAUGUCACGAGAGUUUCAACCUGCUACGAUGAAUUUGGGAAUGUCGUGGGAAUUUCAUGGGAAUUUCAACCAGCUCCAAUGAACUCGGGAAUGUCUUGGGAAUUUCAUGGGAAUUUCAACCUGCUCCAAGGAGUUUGGGAAUGUCUUGGGAAUUUCAUUGGAAUUUCACCUGCUCCAAGGAGAUCGGGAAUGUCAUGGCGAUGUCAUGGGAAUGUCUUGGGAAUGUCUUGGGAAUGUCAUGGCAAUGUCUUGGGAAUUUCUACCUACUCCAAGGAGAUCGGGAUGUUUUGGGAAUGUCUUGGGAAUGUCAUGGGAAUUUCAACUUGCUCCAAGGAGUUCGGGAAUGUCUUGGGAAUUUCAUUGGAAUUUCACCUGCUCCGAUGAGCUCGGGGAUGUCGUGGGAACAAAAUAUGGAGAAGGAAAUGAAAUUGAA